UAUAAGAGCACUGACUUUCAUCUCUGUUAUGCUAUCUACCCUCUCUGUGGACCCCUGCAACAACUACACUGUGCUGGACGAACCAAGGAGAUCCAUCAAUAAUACAAAUUUCUUACAAUCAACACCUUCCUACAGGUGUGACCCCUCUGCCACGUGGAGCGGCUGGUAUCGUCUCUUCAUUAAUGGUCUGGACGCUCAUAUGCCAGAGACGUGUGUUGCAAUAGGUCACUGUGACACUGCUACCACACUGUGGAUUCGUGGUGGACACCCAACAGUUGAAGAUGGAGUGGUCACUCGAGAUGUCUGCGGUCACUGGAACAAUUACUGUUGCUAUUUCUGGUCUUUUCCCAUUAAGAUUAAAGCCUGUCCAGGCAAUUAUUUUGUGUAUGAGCUGAUUAGUCCAACGGUGUACUGUUCAGGAUACUGUGCAGAUGUUGGCAGUAUUAACACCAGCUCUACAGCCGUCACACCAGCGAUCAUCUCAACUGUUUAUCCCUCUGUUGACCCCUGCUACAAGUACAGUGUACUGGACGAUCCAUGGAGAGCCACCAAUAAUACAAAUGCUUUAGUUCAAAAGUGUGACACCUCUGUCACCUGGAGCGGCUGGUAUCGUCUACUCAUUAACGGUCUGAGCGCUCAGAUCCCAGACUCCUGUGUUGAAAAAACUGGCUGUGGCACAAAUGUCCCACUGUGGAUUCGUGAUGGACAUCCAUCACUGCAGGAUGGAGUGGUCACUCGAGAUGUCUGUGGUCACUAUGACAAUUACUGCUGCUUUUAUGGUUCUUUCCCCAUUAAAGUCAAAGCCUGUCCAGGCAAUUAUUAUGUCUAUGAGCUGGUUAAACCAACUUACUGUACUUUUGCAUACUGUGCAGCUGUUACUAACAUCAGCAGCACCGAUACAACAGUCACACCAGAGAUAACCACAGCUGCUGUUACUAACAUCAUCAGCACUGAUACAACAGUCACACCAGAAACGACCACAGCUGCUGUUACUAACAUCAUCAGCACUGAUACAACAGUCACACCAGAAACGACCACAGCUGCUGUUACUAACAUCAUCAGCACUGAUACAACAGUCACACCAGAAACGACCACAGCUGCUGUUACUAACAUCAUCAGCACUGAUACAACAGUCACACCAGAAACGACCACAGCUGCUGUUACUAACAUCAUCAGCACUGAUACAACAGUCACACCAGAAACGACCACAGCUGCUGUUACUAACAUCAUCAGCACUGACACAACAGUCACACCAGAAACGACCACAGCUGUUAUAAAUAUAACACUGCAGGAAGGAUGCACCACCUCUGGAGGAUGUCUUAAAAAUCUCUUUGAGAAGAUAGAGAACAUUACAACUAAAGUGCUUCCUUUGAAUCUUGUGACAAACAUUUUGACUAUGGCCUUCAACUCUUCAGAGAAGAUUUUAGAGACAACAACCUCAGCAAGCCCAACUGAACUAGCCUCGUAUGGAAACCGUAUGUUAAAAACCAGUGAGAAACUCAUUUCUACUUUAGUGAAGCCGACAGACACAAAUGACAGUGUCAAGUUUAAUCUUCCCACUGUAGAGGGACAAGUCUUCAUGGUUGGGCCACAGGUCACUUUAGAUAAAAUCCCUCGACUUGACACGACAAAUUCAUCUGUGGACAUUGAUCUCAUUGGAAUCGCCAAGAACAACUAUGAAACAAGAUCAGCUGCUGUGGCGUUCAUGAGCUACAACACGAUGGAGAACCUACUGAAGCCAGACUUCUUCAACACAUCGAAUAAGACGGUUAAAACCAUGAUGUCCACUGUGAUCUCAGCUACUCUUCCCAAAACCAGCAACACUAAACUGACCGAGCCAGUCAACUUCACGCUCAAACACAUCAGAGAGUUUGAUCCCAGCGGUUCUCUGUCCUGUGUGUACUGGAAUAUCAGCGAGUGGAUUGUAGAUGGUUGUGUUGUUUUAAAGACCAACGGCAGUUAUACUGUGUGUUCCUGUGAUCAUCUGUCGACGUUCGCUCUCAUCAUGCAAACCAGCCAGCCGCCGGCGAGCGACCCACUUCUGGAGUUGUUGAAUUUGGUGUGUGUGUUUGUGGGGCUGGUGUUCUUCAGUUUGGCCCUGUUGACCUUUGCCCUUUGUCACUGGAGUCCUGGAGUGAAUAAUGUGGCUCGAAUCAACAUCUGCAUCAGUCUUCUGUUGGCUCACCUUCUGCUUCUGCUUACACAGCAGUUCCUGCCCAUCAUACAGCGUCAGAAGGUGUUGUGUGCCGUCAUCUCAGGCCUUCUGCACUUCCUCUUUCUCUCCGGCUUUGUGUGGAUGUUCAUCGAAGCUGUGCUUCUCUUCAUCUGUGUGAAGAACCUAUCACAGAUCAGCUUCAAAAAGAGCGAGGUGCUUAGCAGUGGAUUCCUGUGUGUGAUUGGAUAUGUGGUUGCUCUGGUUGUGGUGUGUGUGUCUGUCGGUCUGGUUCCUGAAGGCUUCGGCAGCAAACACUGCUGGCUUAAAAUGGACAAAAACUUCAUCUGGAGUUUUCUUGGUCCUGUUUGCUUCAUACUAGCAUUAAACAUGAUUCUCUUCAUCAAGAUCAUCAUCACGCUGAACUCAGUUCUAAAAAAUCUCAACGCUGAAGUCUCACAGAUGAAACAAACUAAGAUCUUGGUGUUUAAAACACUGGCUCAGUUUGUGGUUCUCGGUUGCUCCUGGAUUCUGGGUUUCUUCACUAAUGACAGUAAGGUCCUGGAGAUCCUCUUCCUGAUCUUUAACUCGCAGCAGGGAACCUUCAUCUUCCUGAUCUACGGCGUUCUCAAUAAUAAGGUCAUGCAGCAGUACAGGAAGUUCUUCAGACGUCUUUGCUGCAUCAGACAAUACUGAAUCAUUUUCAGGAAGUAAAAAGUGCUGAUAUUAUUAUACAAGUGAUGCAAUGCUUACAGUAAAAUACAGAAUCAAUGUUUUGGAUGUUAACCGUAGUCUCUUCUACUUUCUGUAAAUGGUUAAAAAUGUUAGCAGUACUGUAAACACAUCUCUUUACAGACACAAAAUGUAAUGCUUAAUGCUUGCAAUUUAUUUUUAAAAACCCUGCUGAAUGAGACUUGUCAAAUAAUUAAUGAAUAUAUUAAUCUUGCACACUUAUUUUUUUUCUUUGUUGAGCUCAGGGAGGGACCCUUUUAUAAUACUUUUCAUAUGGUAAAAUAUAUUUUCAGGUUUUAUAGGUGUGGUGGAGUUACCUUUAAAACUAAACUAUUAAUAUAAUGAAAUGCAAAGCUGAUGUCUCAAAUUCAAAGUAAAGCUGUACUGUCACAUGGCUUGUAUUCAUGCAUUAAAACUUUAAAAGUUUUCAUAAACAAUGUGAUAUGUAAGUGCAUAUGUGAAUGUUUUUUCCACAUGCCCCAAAAAGCUCCAUAUAUGAUAGACUGACUGUAAUUUGACAUUGAAAUGCAAACUCAAUAUGAUGCAAACCUGCAAUAUUUAAACCUGUUACAUGUCAUUUAAUCCCAUUUUAUUAACCAAUAUCUUUCCUGGUGACCUUUGAUGAUCUAGUUCACCCAUCCUAAUAAACAAAAUUGACUUUAGAUAAACAACAUUUGGGUUUUAUUUGUUUAUUGCAGAAGAGUGUUCUUCAUGUCUUCCGGGAUGGGUUUGUUUGAGUGGAGCCCUUUAGUGUACAGAUGUGAAUUUACAUUUCCUUCAGCCUGAAGAUU